UCUAUCUUGAUCGCCCUUUCGUGACUGUCUGCUUCAUCUGCUCAUUAUCCUCCAAUUCGCAUCAUCACAAUGUCUCAGCUUAGCUACGCCCGCUACGGAAAGGACAAUGUCCGCCUGUACAAGGUCGACAAGGACCCCAAGACCGGCAUUCACACAGUUGUCGAGCAGACAGUGCGCAUCUUGCUCGAGGGAGACAUUGAGCAAUCCUACACCAAGGCAGACAACUCGGUAGUCGUCGCGACCGACACGCAGAAGCAGACCACCUAUAUUCUCGCAAAGCAACACCCCAUCGACCCACCAGAGCAGUUCGCCGCCAUCAUUGGCGACCACUUCAUCAAGACCUACCCUCACAUCCAUGCUGCCCACGUCAAGAUCAUCCAGCAUCGAUGGACGCGCAUGUCCAUUGACGGCAAGCCUCACCCACACUCAUUCUACCGCGACGGCGAAGAGACGCGCGUCAUCGAGGCCGUAACCCGCGAAAACCAAGGCGUCUCUAUCCGCUCCAAGAUUGAGAAGCUGCUAGUCCUCAAGAGCACGGGAUCAGCAUUCCAUGGUUUCCAUCGCGACGAGUAUACAAGACUACCCGAGACAUGGGAUCGUAUCCUGAGCACCGAGAUUGAAGCCGGGUGGCAGUGGAAGCUGUUCAAGACUUUGGAUGAGGUUAGCAAAAUCGACUUCGGCGCUGCAUGGAAAACUGCGCGAGAUAUCACCAUGAAGGUGUUUGCCGAGGACGACAGCGCGAGCGUGCAGGCAACCAUGUACAAGAUGUGCGAUUUGAUCUUGGCGGCUGUCCCCGAGGUUGAGGCUGUCGAUUAUUCACUCCCCAACAAGCACUACUUUGAAAUAGAUCUCUCAUGGCACAAGGACAUCAAGAACACAGGCAAGGACGCCACAGUUCUCGCGCCUCAAACUGACCCCAAUGGUCUCAUUCAGUGCACUGUCACCCGCAAGGGAACAAAGUCCAAGCUGUAAACAUCAUUUAUAAUUAUCGUGUUGCAUCUUUCAAAAUGCGGCGCCUUGAUUUCUUGAUACCCUUUGACGCUUAGUAAUUUCUAGGGGAUGAAUUUAGAGUGAGUAGAACAUUAUACCAAUAUCUAUGAGAGUACUGUAGAGUAGCAAAAGUAGAAAAAACAUAAAAAUGAAUUUUCCGAACUU